CACAAAAUUCCUAGGUCCGAGGUCCUCUCGUGAUAUUUUGACAAAGUCAAUGAUGAAGGCAGCAACAUGUCUCAAGGAAAUGUUUUCCUUUUUUACCCCAAUAUUGUAGGUUAUUUUAGAUUGGCCUUUCUUGUAUUGGCUUGGGUCAAUAUUGAUUGCUGUCCACUGACGUUUCUGCUGUACUACGGAAUCUCUGCAAUUUUAGACGGUGUUGAUGGUUAUGUCGCUAGGAGCUUCAACCAGACCUCAGCAUUUGGAGCAUGGCUUGAUGUUUUGAUAGACAAUGUAGGUAGAACGAUGUUAUGGUGCUAUGUUAGUAAGUCUGGUUGGUUAGUUAGCUGUCUGGAAUGGUUAGUCUUUGUGUGCACACACUCUUUGGGUCCUUCCUGGAAAAACACAAGCAGAACCCCUCAACCAUUGUGGGUACAGGCUGUCAUGGCAAAUGGUUUUAAGACUGCAAUUGGAACAUAUGCCAUUACUGGUCUACAUGUCCUUCCACUCUGGUUGUAUGUCAAGGUUCAGCUGACUGUUCCAAAAGUUCGGGUCUGCCUUCAGACCUGUAUUUCUCUCAUCCUGAUGGGUGGACGAUUCCUGUGCAUGUGUGUGGAGCUUUGGUUUGUGUAUGACCAUAUCUGCUGCCUUGGUGACCUACAAAAGCCUAUACAACAAGAGCAACAAUCACAACCUGAACACAGAUCCUGCUCACCAUGUCUUAGUACAGAACCACAUCAUACACCACUUUCUCCCUCAAGAGUGGAAACUCACAGUCACAAAGAAGGGGUGCAAUUACCUAUUCAGCAAUACCAACCAAUUCAAACUCGCCGAAGGUCACAAUCACCAGGACAGACUUAUGCAACUAAAAGAGGAAGGUCCCAUUCACCAAGGCGUGUUCCUGUAUCACCAAGGCAACGGUCUAAUUCACCAAGGCGUGUUCCUGUAUCACCAAGGCAACGGUCUAAUUCACCAAGGCGUGUUCCUGUAUCACCAAGGCAACGGUCUAAUUCACCAAGGCGUGUUCCUGUAUCACCAAGGCAACGGCCUAAUUUACCAAGGCGUGUCCCUUUAUCUUCAAGGCAACAGUCUAAUUCACCAAGACGUGUUCCAUUGUCACCUAGGCAACAAUCCCGACCAGUUGUGCGUGGUCGGCGAUAUUCACAAUCUCCAAAUCGGGCCCCUGUAUCGCAAAGACAGCGUUCUCAAUCACCUCAACGUGUCCAAGCAUCACCAAGGCGACGUUCUCAAUCACCAGAUCAUGUUUCACCAAGGAGAAAGUCGCAAACGCCAAACCGUGCUUCUACAUCGACAAGACAACAAUCACGAUCACCAAACCGUGCUUCUACAUCGUCAAGACGACAGUCAAAAUCACCAAACCGUGACCCAGUGUCAUCAGCCAUCCCUCUCCCUUCACGCGCGAUAGAGACGUGAUCCCCUAAUUAUUUCAGAGGUCAUGUACUGACUAUGUAUGGGAGUGCGUCAAUUCAGAGUGAAGAGGAAUAUGAGACAUAUUUGUUUUGUUUUCUACUGAAAAAAUAAUAGAAGCUAUCAAAACAAUAGAAGCUGACGAAUGAUUAAGGUAGUGGUGAUAGUAAUGAUGAUGAUGGCUAAUGACUAUGAUGAUGACACAGAGAUAACGAUGAUGGAAGUGGUGAUAGUAAUGGUGACGAUGGUUAGUGAUUAUGAUGAUGACACAGAGAUGACGAUGAUGAUGAUGAUUGUGGUAGUAGCGGUAAUAGUUAUGAUGGUUGGGGUUAUAAAUAUGGCAGUAUGGCAGUGAGAUGAAGAUGAUUAUAAGUUUUAACAAACUGCAAUAAACAUAAUAAUUAUUCAA